AUGGAGCUGAGGAAGAGCGAGGAACCGCUCCCAGGUACAGCGGUGGCUCUGAUCCUGCUCCUCUACGUGUCUGGGAUGAGAGCAGAAACUAACCGGUAUUCUGUGCCGGAAGAGGUGGAGAGAGGCUCUUUUGUGGAGAAUAUCGCUAAGGAUUUGGGACUGACCGGUGAGGAAUUAUCGGGUCGACAGGCUUGGCUCGUUCCUGAAGGAGAAAAACAGUAUUUACAGCUGAACAAACACACCGGAGAUGUGGUGGUGCGAGAGCAGAUGGACCGGGAGGAGCUGUGCGGGCAGACCGAGCCUUGCCUGGCGUUUCGGAUGCUGUUGGAGAGUCCACUGCAGUCCUUCCGAGCUGAGGUAAGCCUCACCGACAUAAACGAUCAUGUUCCUAUGUUCUUAAAUAAAGAAAUAGUUUUAAAGAUCCCAGAAACUGCAAUGCCGGGGGCUCGAUUUUUGUUGGAAAGCGCUCAGGAUCCAGAUGUGAGGAACAACAUUCUUCAGCAUUACAGUAUCAGCUCGAACGAGUAUUUCCAUAUCUACACCUGGAGGCGGAGUGACGGGAGGAGGUACGGCGAACUGGUGUUGGACUGAACCCUGGACCGGGAGCAGCAGGAAGAAGUGGCUUUCAGCAUUACGGCUAUGGAUGGUGGGUCUCCACCGCGGUCUAGUGUAUCCUUAAUUCUCGUGGUAGUCCUGUAUACAAAUGACAACAUCUCGGUAUUUAGCCGGAGUCUGUAUAAAGUCCGAGUGUUAGAAAAUAGCUCCCAGGAUACCUUAGUGAUGACAGUGUCUGCUAGCGAUUUAGACUCAGGAACGAACGGGGAAAUAGCCUAUUACAUAGUUCAAUAUUCAGAGGAAAAUCUCAAGACGUCUACAAUAAAUCCAGAGACAGGGCAGAUUCGACUAAAAAAGCCAGUGGAUUAUGAAGAAAUGAAGAUCAGCGAGAUAGACGUCCAGGCCACAGACGCAGGGCGCCCAACCGCACACUGCAAAGUGGAGGUGAAAGUGGAGGACGCGCUGGAGCGGGAGCAGGUGGCGGAGUACAGUGUGACCGUUCGGGCCUGGAACGAGAAUCCUCCCGCACUCUCGGCGUCCAAGACUUUGUUCGUGGAGCUCCUGGACGUGAACGACAACGCUCCCAAUUUCGCUCAGGCAUUUUACACCACGAUGCUGAGCGAAAACUAG